CUUUGCAGUAAGUUGCGGGCGGCUGUUGCUGGCGUGGCGGUUGCUGGUCGCGCAGGGAACUUUAACACGCUGGAUCCCAAAGUCCGUCUCUCUCACCUGCGCAGUUCGGAGCUGCCAUGGAUUUCGCGGCCGGAUUUACUAUCCUAAUCACACUGCCGACCUUUCUGCAGACGAACGGCCUUUAUACCUCCAGUAGCAUAGAUUCCCUGCAGCAUGUUCUGGGGGACUAUGGACUGGUGAAGCCCGUUCUUACUGAUGCAGAAGGCCGCUUCCUGUCCCAUGCGGUAUCGGUUGGUCCAGCAGAUGGGCAGUUCCGUAGGCGCUGGAGAAGAGAGGCGGCAUCGGCCGACCACGCCCACCAUGAGUCCGGAGGAGGCACGCCAGAGCGACUCUACUACAAUGUCACCGUCUUCGGCCGGGAGUUUCACCUGCGUCUGCAUCGCAACACGCGCCUGGUGGCUCCCGGAGCCAAGAUGGAGUGGCAGGAAUCCGACGGCACGCACUCCGAACCUUUGAAAAGCGAUUGCAUGUAUGUUGGAGACAUUACGGACAUACAGGGAGCCUCCGUAGCUAUUAGUAACUGCGACGGCCUGGCAGGGAUGAUCAGAACUGAGCAGGAGGAGUUUUUUAUUGAGCCAGUGGAAACGGGACAUCAUGUGAUUGAGCAGGAGGAAGAGGACGGUGGCCGUUCUCACAUUGUGUACCGUUCCGACGCCGUGAAGAAGCCUCCUGUUAGCUCACUAGCUGCAGACUUCCACUCCAAAGGUGCUGAUUUGGGCGGACUGUUGGACCUUGAGACUCUGUAUCAGGGUGUUGAACGCAGUAUUAACCAGAGCCGACGAGCCCGCAGACAGCUGCCGGAACGAAUCUACAACAUUGAGGUUUUGCUGGGAGUGGACGACUCCGUGGUGCAGUUUCACGGGCAGCAGAAAGUGGAGAAGUACCUUCUCACUCUUAUGAACAUCGUGAACGAGAUCUAUCAUGACCAUUCUCUCGGGGCACGAAUAAACGUGGUGCUAGUUCGGAUUGUUUUGGUCGAUGCCAGAAAAUCCACGAGCCUCAUUGAGCUGGGUAAUCCUUCUCAGAGUCUGGAGAAUGUGUGUCGCUGGGCUUUCGAACAGCAGAAGAAGGACACUAACGAUAAAGAAUACCAUGAUCACGCCAUCUUUCUCACUCGUCAAGAGUUUGGACCAACAGGGAUGCAGGGUUACGCUCCUGUCACAGGCAUGUGUCAUCCCGUACGGAGCUGCACUCUCAACCAUGAGGACGGUUUCUCAUCAGCUUUUGUCGUGGCGCAUGAAACCGGCCACGUGUUGGGAAUGGAGCAUGAUGGGCAGGGGAAUCGUUGUGGAGAUGAGGUGCAGAUGGGGAGCAUCAUGGCUCCACUGGUGCAGGCGGCUUUCCACCGCUUCCACUGGUCCCGCUGUAGUCAACAGGAACUGGGCCGCUACCUGCAUUCGUAUGAUUGUCUCCGUGACGACCCGUUCGAGCACAAAUGGGAGGAGCUUCCACACCUGCCCGGGCUGCAUUACUCCAUGCACGAACAGUGUCGCUUUGACUUCGGGGCCGGAUACAUGAUGUGCACAGCGUAUCGCCCCUUUGACCCCUGUAAGCAGCUUUGGUGUGCUCACCCAGACAACCCUUUUUUCUGCAAGACCAAAAAAGGUCCGCCCAUUGAUGGCACUAAAUGCGGUGAUGGGAAGCACUGUUUUAAAGGCCACUGUAUGCAGUUGACUCCAGACAUCAUAAAACGGGACGGAAGCUGGGGGAUGUGGAGUGAGUUUGGCGCCUGCUCUCACCUCUGUGGAAGGGGACUACAGUUUCGCACACGAGCUUGUGACAAUCCGCGUCCGGCUAAUGGUGGACGUAUUUGCUCCGGCCCAAGUUAUCAGUUCCAGAUUUGUAAUACGCAUGAGUGUGAGGACCCGUACCACGACUACAGAGCCGAGCAAUGUAGCAUGAUGGACAACAAGUUUGAGUACCAGAAUACCUGGCACCACUGGCUGCCUUAUGAACACCCCGACCCUAAGCAACGCUGCAAACUGUACUGUCAAUCCAAAGAAACACGAGCUGUAGUCAACAUGCAGACUCCGGUGGAACCUGGAACACGCUGUUCCUACAAAGAUCCCUACAGUGUGUGUGUGGCCGGAGACUGUGAGAAAGUGGGCUGUGAUAAUGUGGUUGGAUCAGCUCUACAGGAAGAUAAGUGUGGCGUCUGCGGGGGAGAUGGAACCAAGUGCAAGACUCACAAGUUUAACUUCACCUUUGUAGAAAAGAAAGGUGUCAUUAAAGUGCUGGAAGUUCCCAGAGGGGCGAGACAUCUCUUCAUCCAGGAACUUAAUGGGACUACUCACAUUUUAGGUAAAGCCUGA